UGUUCUGUUCUGUUUUCUCUGUCAGACUCAGAAGCCAGAAGUAGUUAAGGUUAAUAAUAAAAAAGUUAAAGUUUGUUUUGUUGAUUGACAUAAUACUUUUGCAGCCACAAUAAGAAAGAUAGCAUAAAGGCUAAUAAAGUUACAUUAACUGUGAUGUGCUGACAAAGGAGAGUCAAUGAAACAUGCACUUAAUCCUACAUACAAAUUUGAAAACUUAAAAAUGGAUCAUAUUGACCCAGUAAAAAAUAAUAGUCACAACAUUGAGACUAUGACACUUGGAACUCAAAAAUCAAAACGCUUUGAACAACAGUUUUCAUCUGUCAAACGUAAUUCAGCAGAGUUAAUUAGAAAUCAUGUAAAAUCCUCUAUGUCUUGCAAUGAGGUUGAUACAAGUGCACUAAAUGACAUGACAAAUUCAACAAAACCUUUUCAGUCAGAUUUAUAUACGAAUUAUCCAGUGACAAGAGAUGAAAUUGUCUCUCGGAGAAAAAUAAAAGUGACUGCUAGAAAACAUAUGAAAAAACUAGAAAAAUUGCAGACCAAUAAAAAAGAAGACGUUGCGCUAAUGGAGAAACCUAGUUUUUCUUUAGGGCUUGCUUCAGAAGACUUUCCUACCCUAGGUUCUAUUAAAACGAAAAAGAAAAUUAAUGCAACUCCAUCUAACACAUUUAUUAAUGAAGAUGAGAUAAGAAAUCGUACUGUUAUAAAUUCAAAUGUUAAUGAAAUUAGGAUAACCAAAAUAGUUGAAAAGUCAUGGAAGCCAAAAGUAAAAGAUCCUAUUCAAAUUGAUUUAAGUCGAGCUUUGCUGAGUAAAACAGAGGUACAAAAACCAGCUCCAAAGAAAGUAGAUCCACCCACAACUCGCACCAUCUUAACUGGAAACAUAUUAGAUUCAGACAACCCAACAAGAAGAAAAGGAAAAGUGAGGCCAGACAAGGUGCAAAAGCCAUCUAAGCUAAAAAUCCACAUAUUAAAUGAAAGAAAGAAGAAAUUAUUACAAAACGGAGAGAACAUUCCGAUGUUAGAUGAAUGUUUAGAACCUACUGCUGACAAUAAUGGCAACCCAGAACAGUGUUCAGCUAAAGAUAAAGUUGAAAACAUAAUGUUAGAAACAAAUAUGAACUCUUCUACAUGUGAAAAUAAAUUGAUUAUAGAUCAACACUUAGUAAGAGAGUGUGUGAAAAGUUCAAACAAAGAUGACCAAAAGAUGAUGUCUUCUGCUUCCACAGCUCAUGUUCAUUCAAGGAGGUUUAGAGAAUACUGUACCAACUGUUUAACAGUAGAACUAACUAACAGUGUUUGUGAUCUUCUUGAGAAGGUAGCUUACUUCCAGGACCGUCUCUUUGUUCGAGAGCCAAUCAAGGCUAAUGCCAAGCGCAGAUAUGUUGCUGGGAUCAAUCAGGUCAACAAAUAUCUGCAAGUCAAGAAAGUCAAGCUGCUCAUCAUUGCACCAGAUUUGGAGAAAAACCCCGGAGAGGGGGGACUAGACGAAAAAGUGGAAAAAUUCAAAGUAGAAGCUGAACUACAAGGUAUUCCCUGCAUCUUUGGGCCAAAUCGUAAACGUCUUGGUAAAGCUGUUAAAAAGAAUACAUUAGUUAGUUGUGUGGCUGUCCUCAGUUAUGAAGGAGCAGAGGAAUUAUAUUCCCAGGUUUUAGAAACAUUACAUGACAGUAGAACCAAAUAUUUGAGGGUAACUGGAACUGAUGAUGAUCUUGCCUUGAAGACAGCUGUACAAGCUGAGGAGAGUGACGUGACCUCGUCUCUGCUAGCCUCUCUCAGGGAGGAGAUCUUACCUGCUGACAGACUGCUGAAUGCCAUCCAUCUUGGUGGUGCCAGAGCUGAAGAGUGAUAAGUUGCAUAGGUGAUGCCCUCUCUUGUCCGUGCUUACUACCAGCACAAAUAGAACAAUUGGCGAUCUUGGCAUUUUAGCGCCUUAUGAAAAAUGAUAAAAAUAUCCAUGUCUUAUUAUACAUUGUAAUUUUUAGCUCACUAUAUUAUUUGUGAUAGGUAUGUGUUAUCAGUAUAUAUUUUUAUUAAAGUUUGUUUCAAACAAU